AUGGUAGAUGACCUCAGAAAGAUUUUGGACAAACAUAAUGAUAAGUACAACGAUUUCCGUGACGUGUUCGUCACAUCGGUGAUUUCUAAAGCCGGCACUCAUAAAGUGAACACUGCUAACGUUCUUGCAUUGGUGAAAACGUUUUGCGAAAUCGUAAUUUCUGUAAAGAGCCCUGAUGAUUGGGAAGAAUUAAAACAGCAUUGCAAAACUCUUGAGCAGCAACUUGGCAAGUUGUUCAAUAUCGAAGGCUUUUCCUUCACCGGCCAGGCGCGGACUGUCUACCAGCUUAACACUGAGAGAUUUGCGGGGGAGACAGCGGAAUGGUUUAGAAAUAAUUUGCACGAAGUUCAACAUAAUGUGAAACAAAUAGAUACAAAAUUCCCAGUCGACAACACUCGACAUUUGUAUUAUCUUCAGCCAUUUGCAACAGAAAACAUAUUCCCCUACGGUUUUAUAUUUGGUAAAGACAGAUAUGGAACGCUGGGAGACGCGUGGAAGACGUUGUCGGAUCAUUGGGACAGUGUCAUAGAUAUGCUGGGCAGAAAUGGUGACGGUUUGGAUAAGUUAAAAAGAAUUCUAGAUGGUGAGCCGUGCCGUCCGUCGGCUCCGCCUCCAAAACCGCGACCUAGGCCGGCGCCUGCGCCCAGGCCCCCGAGGCCUGCACUACCAUCAGGGGCUUACAGAGCUUCGGGUGGAAGGACAUCCGGUCCAAGGCCUUUUGGAAGUCGGUCGUCUGUUGGGAGCCAUGGUUCUGGUGUUAGAGCAGGAGGUGCAAGAGGGAUGGGGGCCAACCAUAGAGGUGGGAUCCACAGUAGAGGAGGGGGACCGGGGGCUCAGAGAGACAGAGGAGGCCCGGGGCCUCGAGGUGCUGUAGGCGCUCCAGGUGCCAGGGGAACACAGAGGAGCAGCAGUCCAGGGCAUACAAUGUCUACUCAGUCUCAACCCUUACAAUCUCAAGAUGAUCUCCAGUCUGGUUCUCAGCAACCUCUACCUGCCGUCUCCAGUGCCCCUAGCUCCACUAGUCAGCCCGGUGCCCCGGGUCCAACUUCAAGUGGCAGUGAUGUUUCUGGUCAACAGUCUGGCACCUCUCAAGAUGCUGCACGUACUCAGCCUCCGAGUGUUACAAGUUCAGGCUCUGGGACAACUGGUGGCCAGGGGCCUGGGCAACAAGGUGGUCAUGUUGUUAGUCAACAAGGUAAUCAAGUUGUUAGUCAACCAACAAGUCAAGGCGUCGAUCAAACUCCAAGUAGCGUCGGUCCUACGUCGGCUGGCCCGGCGUCUGGUGGAGGUGGAGGACCGGCGUCCGCUAAGCCUAGCGUUCCAGCUACGCCGCUUCAACCAACAAAACCACCACCCCCUCCUCCACCGUGUUCAAGCGGCAUGGCACAUGCGAAAUUUGGCGGAAGAAAAUUAUGUUUUCCGAAUCCUAAGGUGCGUAAGCCGACUUCCACUUUCGCCCUGUCUGAACAAGACCUUAAUACAGUGUGGACUCGUGUACAGGAGGAAAAAUCAUAUAACACAGAUCAUACACAAAAAGACACUCAAGGUCCACAAACUCGACAAGCCUCCAGUAUUUCGAAUCAGCAUCUCCAUCCUUCCAUUCAUUCCUCUCAACCUCCCUCACACCAUCCUGGUGUUUCACUUCCGGCCGCUCCUGGACCGAGGGGAAGUCAGCCUGAUAACUAUCGGGAUAUUGACAACUCUGGACCAGUAAAUCCAGCUGCGGUGCGUUUAGCUCGUUGGCUUCAGGAUUCCACUCUUGUCAGUGGCCACCCUGUUGUGGAUAAAACCGACGAUCCGAAUGAAGAAUAUGUGAGAGUACAGCGCAAAAAGAAUGCGGAACAAAAAUUGGCUGAUGUGCAGAAAAAAAUUUAUGAACAACAAAAUCGUAGGAACUUGUUCACUGGAAAGGCCAUAUCAAACGCUAAAGGCAUAGCGGAUUCUGCGGUUCCACAAGGCUCCGCCGGUAUUGGAGUUCCUAUGGGUUACCCUAUAAAGCAACCUAAAAGUGCAACAAAAUCUCCACCGUUGCCGCAAACAACAUUUGGCCCCAGUACCGCUAGCAUCCCACAGGGCUUGGAUUUAACAAAACAGCAUAUUCCCACCAAGCCUCCACCCGUGAUCACUUACAAUGAUAUCGCGCCGCUCACUGGGCAGGUUAACGUCCCACCGACACAGACAUUGCCAGAUGUUUCCGGUACUCCAAUUAAGAAUUCUCCGACAACAAUUACAAGCGUUAAAAUCUCACCAGACCUUGGCGUAUUGAAUCCAUUGGUGUCGGAUGCUAAGGGUCAGCCCAUUUCGGACCCCAACAUAGGACGUCGCAUGCCACCGCUUCCAAACUCAAAAGCGAUGCAGCUCUCUCACACUCUGACAAAACCGCCAAUGACAGUCGUAAUAGGCGACCAUGACAUGGCGAGCCUCGCAAACAUCACAGUUAGCAAUGUCACAAGUGCUCCUAAGCCGUUUCCAAAAAUCUCACCAUCCGAUGCUAUGGCAACAGGCUACCCUAUCAAGCCGCCAAAAUUGCCAAAACAAUCUCUACCGGCGCUGUCUUCGACAGUGGAGCUCACAGGAAAUUCAAUUCCUGAUUUUGACUCAAAAUACCCUUGGUUGCCCCCUUCCCCAAACCAAAAGCUGGCUGCGCCUCCUCUUCCUGCCCCAAUCGAAUUAGAAAUCGAAAAGCGGCACAAAACUGAGAUUGCGUUCGACGCGCAAAUUGAAGCGCCACCCACAGCAACACAAGGCUUCACGAAACCACCGUCUCGGACUACCGUACCACCUAUGGAGUGGAUUGAGCCUGCCAUUUCCAUGAUGUCGUUGCCAGGUAAAGCUGCGGACGCAUUCACUGUCAGCGUGGAUGAACAUGAUAAUGUGAUAAAUCCAGGCGCUGCGGAAUUUCUGAAGAAGUUUGAUCUCAACACAACGCCGGAUGUCUAUCAAUGCCAAAACCCCUGGUACGUCCCCGAUUCCUCCACCAUUUCCGUGACUCCAACUCCAUCCCCUCCCCCAGCCUCUGACCAUAUGCCCCCGCCGGACACCAUCCGGGAAAUGCUCCACUGGCUGGUGGGCUUUAGUCAAUAUGGGCAUAUUCCUUUCAUUGCGGACCAUCUUAAGGACAUUUUGAAGGAGUUUAACAAGGAUGCCUCACAGCUCUCAGAUGCCCUCGAGGUCACUGGGGAUCCCACUCAGCUGACCGCUUCCCAUAUCUCCAACACUCUGACCGAGGCGUGUCUCUACUCGGCCAACGUGCUUUUCAGGAUUAAGCAUAAAGAUACUUCUAAGGCUAUUUCAAUGCCUGACUUCAGCUUAGAAUAUUCCAAGCUUCAUUACUCCACCGAUCCCGCCCGCCUCCUCUGCCAUCUGCGGGACUACGUCUACGCUUGCUACCACCAGUUGGCGUUCAUAAAGUCGCGGUGUUAUCGGAACACCAAGGACGGCGGUUGGCAAGAUUGUCAGUACGGCCGUGAUGUGUCAUCUUUCAACUCCCCCCUCCAGGCCUUCCUGACUGACGCCUCGGACUCCAAGUUCAAGACGUACCCCUUCGACCGCUGCAACAUCUGCUGCAAGAGCCGUGUCAACAUGGGAUUCAGGGAGAAGGAUUUGCCUGCGUCUCAGCAAACUGGCAACUUCCUUCUCACCAUCCUCUCCCCCACCUGCGGCGGCGAGGAUCCCCUGCUGACACUGGCCUCUUACCUCAACUGCCUCACCAGGCGGACGCCGCGCACCACCGGGGAGCUUGUCUCCUUCUUCCACAAUUUCGGGAAUUCGCUUCAUGAUGUGUCUUCACAGCUGUCUCAACUGGGAUCCGCCCUCUCCACUCGACAUGACGACUGCCCCGGCUGGGACAGUCUCAAGGACGCCGACCUCCAAGCCGUCCAGGGCAUCCGGGGCUCCGCCACUCCCACCGCCAACCACGACAAGGACCAUCCCAAGACCCUGUCCACGCUGCUUGGCUGCGACGCCAACAACUCCCACUGCAGUCCACAUUGUUCGCCCAUCACCUACCGGGCCUACGCCCUGUACUCUUCCAGCUUCGUACACCACUACCUCAGCUGGACGGUGUAUCUACCCGACAGACUCUGGGAGUCACUGCUCAAGUUGCACUGCGAUCUCGAGAAGCUCCAAUGUCACGACUCUAACUCCAAGUCCCUCCACAAGUGUGACAAGGCCCUGCCCCUCCUCUACACUCACGGCAUCAACCCGCCGGACGGGACACUGCAACCAUCACUCACGUGUUCGGACGUCAUCACCAAAUUGGAGGCAGUGAUCUCAGGACAGCCUAUCGCAAGCCUCAUGACCGCCAUGGACACAUUCCUCUACGGCAUCCGUGCCCCCUUCCUCUACACUGUGUUCACACUCUGGCUCAUCGCCACGCUCUACAUUCUCCACUCACUCCUCUACCGCAUGGACGUCCUCCGCAUCCGCUCCCACCUACUCACCAGCAGGGCCUCCCACCUCAUCGACGUCAAGGCGCUGCUCGCCGGCAGCCGCAGGAUGCUCUCGCUCUACAAGGACGUGGAUUACUUCGACGAUGACCUUCACUCUUGA